AUGCAAGGCCUGGCUCCUCCUCUGAGCGACGGAGACGACCGAAACAAAACUCAACAUUGGAUGGAAACAUUAUAUCUGUCACAUUCACAGUCCCGCAUGUCUUGGAAUAUCGCCAAGAUUCAGACUGGGUACGCUUCCCCAACCCGCAGCACAUCUUCGUUGACAUCGAUAGCUAAUGUAGACCACGUAAAGGAAUUGCGGCGCUGCUACAACCGCUCAGCAUUGUUGGACGCGCUUCACCAUCUCUCUGAUAAUGGUCCUCACAACCACACUGUCGUGGCGUGGACGGGCGAGAUUCGCCAGGCAGCCGACAGCAAUGACGAUGCCGUGUCUGACGACAAUCUGCCCAUAACUCCUUCGUCUACAUCUAUUUCUCUAGGGGGUAAUGCGCGGAUGCAAAUACCCCCCUCGAAAAACGUUUUUGUCACGCGCGCCGACCAGCUUCGGCUUGAGCAACAGCUACACGAAGAUGACAUCUCCAUCGUGCCCGUCUGGCUUGCAGACGAAAACGACAUGACCACGGAAGGCAUACGAUUGCAUGACCAAUCGAGAUGGAGACGGUAUGCGGAACACGAUCUAUGUGCUUUGCUUCAUUAUCGACAGCAUCCACCUAGCGAGCCGUACUCCGAAGGAGGGAGAUGGGCGGAUUAUUGCCAAAUGAACCAACGAUUUGCGCAGAGGGUUAUCGAGACCUACCAGCCCGAGGACACUGUCAUCAUUCAUGACUAUUACCUGAUGCUUCUACCUCUGCUCCUGCGCGAGCGAUGUCCCGAUAUAAGCGUCGCCUUCUACCUCCACACGCCUUUUCCUUCCAGCGAGUUAAUACGGUGCCUUGGCAGACGGCAAAGCAUUCUCAACGGCAUCCUUGGUUCCGACCUCGUUGUAUUCCAGUCCUUCCACUACGCCCAGCACUUUGCAAACACGUGCGCCAGAAUUCUCGGCCUGGAAGCCACCAGCCGAGCUGUCCAAACGGCAACGAGGCGUGUGCGAAUCGAAGUGAUUCCAAUGGGAAUCAGCAUCGCCACCGUCCACGCGCUUGCGUGGAAGGCCACCGCCAUAGAAAAGUGCGCCCUGCUCAAACAGCAGCACGGCGGCAAGAAGAUCAUAGUCGCGUACGACCCCAAAGACCGACUGGGUGGCGUGGACAAGAAGUUGCUCGCCUUUGAUCGCUUUCUCACCAAGUACCCCGAGUAUCGAAACCGCGUCAUCCUCAUACAAGUCAUGAGCCCGACUACAAUGGAGGCCGACGAUGCCCAAGAGGCCGACUACGCCACGGGCGUCGGGGAGCUCGUCGCCGAAGUCAACCGCAAGUAUGGCUCGCUGGAUUACAUGCCCAUCCAGCUGCAAUCCCAGAAUCUUAGCGUCGACGAAUACUUUGCCCUGCUGCGGUCGGGGGACGUCGCGCUCUUCACGAGCGUUCGCGACGGCAUGAGCACGACGAGCUUGGAGUACGUCGUGUGUCAGCGCGACGGUCAUGGCCCGAUUAUUAUAUCCGAGUUUAGCGGGACGGCGAGCAGCCUGAAGGAGGCUAUUCACAUUAAUCCCUGGGAUACGGAUGGCGUCGCGGACCAGAUUUACCGGGCGUUGAAUAUGGAGGAGGAGGAGCGGCGAGAUAUCCACGCGGCGGUGUAUAGGCGUGUUGCGGAGCGUGAUGUGCGGCACUGGGCGACGACUUUGCUGCGCCGUUUGAAAAGGGCUGUUGGGGCCCGCGACUCGAGGUAUUUUGGGGCCAAUGGUCUUGCUGAUAUUGGUGAGAAAUAG